AUGUUUCUUUCAACAAGUUCGGCGGGAUGGCUGCUGUGUAUGGACACUACUGUGCAGCAAAGUGGUGCCGGAACACGACGAAAACCGCCGACUGCAGUUUUUUCCGUUUUGCGACGGACGACAGGUGAGACUAGAAACUUCGUACACGCGAUACUGAAAGAGGUGAAAGCGUUAACUUAUGCGCGCUACUUUUCUUCUUUUCUAUUUUCUUUUUCAAAUAGAGCCAGUAAAUGGAUACACUACUCAAAUCGCCCAGAAUUCAAGUUGUUGCCUCUGAGCAAACUCCGCGAGCGUCGUCUCUGCGGCGAACAUUUCGCCGCUUCUGCCUUCAGAAGUUCAAGGAGGACACGACUCCGAGAUAAUGCGUGCCCAUCUGUCCUAGUGACAAAUCCAUUAUUGAAGGCCCUCGUCUCUCCAGAGUUCCUCGCUCCUGGCAUUCGCCUAACUGGUGCGUCCACCGCCUCCACUUUAGAUUCACCUGCAGCCCCAGUUGAGCCAGGACCAUCACACAGCAAAGACCAAGGGCUGGAAGACCAAGGGCUGGAAGACCCCACCACAUGUGUUCCUGAUCAGGCUCUGACUGACUCUUAUGCACAGGAAGAGCUCCGGCCCCUGCCUGAUGUUCCUGCACAAUCAUCAACACAAUCUUUCGAUGCAGCAACUUAG